AUGGUUUGUGGUGUUGGUGUUCAUCGGCACGAUGGUGGGUUGGUGGGGUUCGACGACGGGAGCAACCUUUCAUCCAUCCACAGACUUCCGCUUGCCAACGUGUGCUUUAACUGA